UAAUGGACUGUGGUGUUUUGUCUUGUCUUGCCUUGACUCAACCUUUCUUCCACAUAACAGCAUUGGACUAUCACUUGGCGACAGGCCAUUUCCUACAAAGCGCUCGGUGACUUGUAUGGUGUGCAAAAUGUUGUCGAAAAUACCCAUCCUAGAGCCAAGAAAGCCAUCACUCAAAUCUUUCAGGACGAUUUGUCACAGUAUAUGCGUUGGUACCCGUGGAGAUGGUUCAGCAACAUGCAAUUCAUUGGGUGUGGCGGUUUCUCUGCUGUUUACUCUGCUACCCUUCGACUCCCUUUUCUCCAAGCCAACACCGAAUUGAAGGUGGCUUUGAAGAUUGUUGAUGACAAGGUUUUGAAUGAGAUUGCCGUUCAAUCCAGAGCUUUUUUGGCUCUUCUAUUCAGUGGUGUUACUGUCUGUGAGACGACGGGUGAUUUGAUGAUGGUGAUGACCUACGCUCAAGAUGGUAAUUUGGAAGAUCACUUUCAGCAAGAUCCUUUGGGAGAUUUAGAUUUGAAAACCAUCACUGGCACGAUCACUCGAGUAGCCAUUAACAUCGCAAGUUUACAUGAUGAGAUUGGCAUGUGUCAUCGCAACAUUCAUCCGCGUAAUGUUAUCUGUGCCGAAGAGGAUUAUUUCUUGGUGGAUUACCGCUUUUCUACUGCAUCUAAUGAAGCCACCACUGUUACUCAGGCUGCUAAAGCGCAUUACGGACGUCUACCCUUUAUUGCUCCAGAGGUGAGCGAUGGAAUUUAUACAGAGAAAUCAGACAUCUAUUCCUUGGGGAUUAUAAUAUGGCAGCUGGUCGCCAAGGUGGUAUUCCCUUCUCCAGAGAUCAUGCUCAGUAAUCCAGAAGUAUAUCGCAUCGAACCAGUUCCAGGCGUGCCAAAGUGGUAUGAGGCAUUAUAUACGGCUUGUCUCGAGCCCAACCCAGCAAAUCGACCAGACGCAGAUGAAAUAUGUAGCAUUGUUCGAUCACACAAUGAAGAUAUGCCGGAAAAGAGUCCUCUGGAUCCUCAGGUUGCUGAAUAUGUCACCCAGAGAAGAAAGGCUUGUGAUGAACAUUUGGCGAAAACGGCUGUGACCAUUCCCGGCUCCAACAAUCCACGAACUUCCACUACCAGAGUUUAUACUUUGGCAAGCUUGCCACCAUUAGAUUCAUUGGUUCGAUUGCAUUUUACUAAUAAGCCAUUCGACAUGGCGUUGUAUGAAAUAGAGGACGAAGACGAUAAUAUUUAGGAUGAUGUGCUAAAUACUCACCAUUAGUAGUUUUAGCCUUUUCCUCGGUUAUUUUGUCUCUACCUUCCCAUAUCAUUAUUCUUGGUCAUGAUCAUUCAUUGUAAAUAAAAUAUACAAUUUCUAAUUAAGA